AUGAUUCAACUACAACAGCAGCAGUAUCAAUUAAUUCCACAAGUGAUUAACUUUCUUGUCCUCGCAAAAUAUUUUAGUACUGAUAUCUAUCUCUAUCCUAACUUUCCAGCUACCGUUAUCAUCACCACAACAACACAAACAACUACAACUACAACUGUAACCAUAACCUAUUCGAGUUUAUAUCCAGCGCCUGUGAACAGUUCAGCGGCAGCAGCUGGAACUUAUCGAACAAAUCUAUUGCUGAACGGUGAUGGUGAAACUGGACCUUGUGCAACCGGUGGUACAUACGAAGCCCCAACCGAUUGGUCUCCAAUUGGUUCUAUCACACAAGUAUCGUACACAGACACAAAUGCAAAUCAAAAUUCAGGAACACCAGGACCGAGUUGGAUUAUUAACGAACAAGACAACGUGUGGCAUGUACAAAUGAGCGUGAUCAAUGAAGGUGACGAAUUUAUUCAGUUAGACAAUUGUUUCGAUGUUAUUUUGCUUCAAUUAUGUAAAACGUUAAGUCGAAUACCACCCAUACAAAUGGAUGAAGUUAACAAGAUGGUAUUAAACAGAUGUCGAUUGCAUUGCAUGCAUGAUGAAGCAGAACUAGAUCGAAUAAAUGAGUUUGAAAACAGUUAUCGUUCAGAUGCUGCUAUUCGAUGGCAUACAAAAGAUUCAUUUCUCUUUCGUUUACUGAACAGUGCGCGAUGUACAAAUGAUAUGAAUACAGCUAAUCAUCAGAACCUUCUUCUCCUUUUAAUUGUAUGUGUACAACGAAUACCAACGCAAAAAGCAGAAUAUGAUAAUAUACGAUAUAACAAAACAUGUUUUGUUUCUGAUUACGGCUGA